AAUGGAAAAAGAUUCAGCAACUAAAAUAAGGCUUCCAUGCAAUUGGGAAUUGGGAUAUUCCACACACCUCACCUCAUUUCAUCUCAUUCCAAAACAUAACUUUCUUCAGAUUUGUUUCCUCUCUCUCUCUCUCUCUCUCUCUCUCUCCUUUGCUCAGAUUGUUCGAGUUAAUAGGAAGCGAAAAUGGGGCUUUCUUUUGGCAAGCUGUUCAGCAGACUAUUCUCGAAGAAGGAGAUGCGUAUACUUAUGGUAGGUCUCGAUGCGGCUGGUAAGACCACCAUCUUGUAUAAGCUCAAGUUGGGAGAAAUUGUCACUACCAUCCCAACCAUUGGAUUUAAUGUGGAGACUGUUGAGUACAAGAACAUCAGCUUCACUGUGUGGGAUGUUGGAGGUCAGGAUAAGAUUCGUCCGUUGUGGAGACACUACUUCCAGAACACACAAGGACUCAUCUUUGUGGUUGACAGUAAUGAUAGAGAUCGUGUUGUUGAAGCGAGGGAUGAGCUUCACCGGAUGCUGAAUGAGGAUGAACUAAAGGAUGCAGUCCUACUAGUGUUUGCUAACAAACAGGAUCUUCCAAAUGCGAUGAAUGCAGCAGAAAUCACCGACAAGCUCGGUCUCCACUCCCUCCGUCAACGACACUGGUACAUCCAGAGUACAUGUGCAACAUCAGGUGAAGGGCUGUAUGAGGGUCUAGACUGGUUGUCCAACAACAUAGCAAGCAAGGCUUAAAUGAAAGCAUCUCUGAUUCACAUUUAGAACGAAGAUAGUUGAGUUUUCACCAGCAUUUACAGGACUUUUGUUAUUACAUUACGUUGCAAGUUUUUCAUAGCUUAAUGUUGUUCAGUGACAGUUUAAGCCAUUUGCUUCCUGUAGUCUAAGUUUGAGACAUGAGAUUGAUUAAUCAAUUACUUGUAAUAUUAUCUUGUCAGAGCUGUUAUAGUCCUCUGUCAUUCUUUAGAACCUUAUUGUAACUCCUUUCAUUUUAAAGUUGAAACCAUGAUAAAAUUUGCAGAA